ACAUAAACACGAUUCAGUCAUUAAUUGGAGACUUGAACACUCCAAUCGAUUUAAAGAAACAAAGCUUAUCAAAUUCGUACGAUGUCGCACGGCGGUUGUUUGAAAUUCCCUAUGUAUCGUGCGUUCUUAUCAGAGAAACCCCCCAGCGGUGCUCAGUCGUCUACCAACCCUCGGCCAGUCGAUAUCAGACGGCGGCGCAGCUGGUCGAGUGCCGCGUCAUAACGCGCGCCUGUUCACGAUUUCGUUCUCGUGGAAAGUUCGAGGCUUCGUGUAUUGCCGAGGUGUUCGGUUCCGCGAUUUUCACCGUUGGACCCUGAUCCGUGAACAUCAUCGACCCGGUUCCAAAACCACGUCGUUUCCGUCGGGAAAGUGCUGCUUCGACAUCGUGCUGUUGUCCGUUUCUAUUCGCCACAGCGCGAUGUGCAUAGUUGCUAUGUUCAAUAUUUAGACAACGAGUUACACGUUCGCCAAAUUGAUUGAAGUGCAUCGAUCAACAAGUGCAACGGACUACAGGUUUCGAAAGACGAAGGCGCUGCGUGAAGAAAUAUCUUGAACAAAGAUGUAGGAUCGACGCGAAGUGUUUUGGAGCCGAUUAAUUUUCGGACACUCACACGUUUGAUCGCGGAAUUGCGUUACGACAUUUCCCUGCGAAGUGCGAACAGCGAUAACUGCGAAUCGAGAUGUUCGAUCGGGAAAUGAUUUUCGAGGCUCACGGCGGUCGCGCAGCGUCAAGAAGUUAAAGAUCGGCACGAUUACGAGUGCAAGAGGAGGAGCCGCGAAAAGAUCCGUCUGGUGAACUCGAGUGGGCAGCAUCCUGAAAAAUAGGCGGCGUGGUCUUACUUAAGAUGGACUCGGUGGCGGUGACGGUGCCGCUUCGUCAGCCGACGAAAAAGAUGAAGAAGCGAAAAGAGCUCGACGCCCUGGCACCGGCGCACGCUAUUUCCCGCCGGAGUUCCGGCAAACGCAGUUCGCAGGAAUUGUUAACAGACAGCAGUGACGAUCGUUCGGAAUACUGGAACGUCUCCACUAGAAGCGGUCGUAAAUGCAGGAGUAGGAGAGGUCGCGCUUGUCCUGGAUUCCUCAAGGCUUGUAGCGCCUUUUUGGCAUGUGCCUCUAUACUAGCAACCGCCAGUUUAAUAUGGCUGUUCAUUGACGUUCGUCAGCAGCUUACCGCUCUGCGAACCGAAUUAGACCAAGUCAUAGCGGGCAGUGAAAGCGUUCCGGACGCUUUGCAGAAAUGUCACUCAUUAUCGAGAGAUCUUCAGAAUAACCAGACUAUUAUUUUCACUAGACUGUCUGAUCUUAAGCAGCAGAUAAACAAUUUCACGAUACAGCUGGCGCAUGUUCAGCAGGGUUUGCACAAAGUACAGCAGUGUUUCCAGGCUGCGCCCGAGCUGGCCAACAUACCUGCACUUUCCAGUAGCGUUGCAACAUUCGGCAGUCAAAUAAGAGACCUCAAGGCUACGGUAAAUUCUCUGAAAGAAACUAAUAUGAGGAUACAGGAUGCACAAACCACUAUACAGCAAAAUAUCAGCAGUAUUAAGAACACUAUAUUAGAAUUGUCAAACAUUACUCAAAAGCCUCAAAUAGUGAACACUGAUGAAGUGCAGAUUAAGACUGACAAACUGAAUUCUACAAUAUUGCAUUUAACGAAUAAUGUGACGCAUAUUAACGAGACUUUGUCGAGCAAACUGCAAUGGGUCGCCGAUGAUCAAGAUAAAGAUCGCAAAAAACUAGUUUCACUUCAAGAAGCAACAGCAGCUAUUAACACAACAGUGAUGUCUUUACAAGGAGAAUGUGUUAAAAUGUCUGAACAAGCUUCUAUCCUAGCAUCGAUUCAACAAUUAAACGAAAAGAUGAACGAGAUGCGUGCAACGGAUUCAGAAUUAAUUGGCAAACUCAAGCAGUUGGAACAAACGUACAAGGGACUAAAGAACUCCACUAGCAUAAUGUUCGCGACCGUGAAUGAUAUUCAGAAUCAGCAACAAAUUAGUAAAAUAAAAUUAACAGAUUCGUUAAACGGAGACAUGACCACAGAAGCAGAUCGCGGUGCAACAGAUGUAAGUGACAUUGCUCAGAAGAGGAUUCCAAACGAGAGGCCGAGGCACCUCAAUUAGAUUCCGAUUAACGUGAGCUUGGAGAGGAAUGAACGAGCAUUGGAAAAAAAACUCGUGUGUAUGAAAGCCAUUUUGUACACUAAUAAAGCUGUGUAUUUGUAAAUAAUAAUAAAUUAAGUAUGUUAUAA